CAAAGCAACCUUAGAAGGGGCAGCCGUUCAAACGUCAUUUGGGAGAACCUCCAACGUCCAACCGGGUGUAUAUGCUGUGGGGUGGAAGAGAAAAGGGUGAGGGGGAGAUCCAGUUGGACGAUCUCGAACAAUAGCCACACCGGUCACCUGGACUUCGACCCUUCAAUGGCGACUGCCAACGGUGAAUUGGUUUGCCCGGAGUACCUUGGUGAAAAAACGGCACAGUUAUCGAUCUACAGGCGCGCAGAUGCGCCGUCUAUGACUCCAGAGUAUUGGCGAAACUUCUGUGAAUAUCGAUACGAUUACGAGUCGAGAGCACGGUGGGGCAGAUGGUAAUGUCUGAACCAUUGUCGCUCUUGUGGCUGAUCUU